GAUAGACACGUCCAAAUACCGAUACCAAAAAUGGCGUCGCCAGCGAUCCAAUGAUUUCCCAGUUGCCGUGAGAAAAUUGAAUUUAAAAUGCAGCUUAUUAAGCCCCCAAGUCGGACCGAGUGAAAUGUGAGAUUAAUUAGCGGAAGAACCGAAGAGCCCAAGGCAUGCAAAAGAAGCCCAUCCCAGGCAGGAAUCCACACCGAAGUCAAGGGAAGCGGACAUGGCAGCGGUCGCGAAUGCAAGUGGUGCACCUGUUCCAGCGACUGCAGCCGCCCCUGGAGGAGGAGGGGGUGUGGCUGGCGGUGGAGGAGCAGGUGCCCAGUUCCGGGAAAUACACAAGAACACAUGGCUGAAGCGUUUGACGGCAGAUGGCAAGCGUUUGACCGUGGGCCCCAAGAAAUCGGAGUGCAGCUGGGUGGUUUUCUGCGUCCACGACGAUACGGAAGCCCUGCUUGAGGGCUAUGCGGAACCAAGACAGGCGGCAGGACAUCUACCAGAGUGGGUCGUUUCUCUGCGGGAAACCCUGCACAUCUCCCAUGCCCUCAUCCCCAACUCCCAUGAGUUUGAGUUUGUGGUCACGCUCAGCCACGAGGUGUUGCGCUUCCAUGCUGUCUCUUGGGAAAUUAUGCAAGAGUGGGUGGAAACGCUGCGCUCCAAGCUGCGCGAAAUGAAGAUUCUGUCGCCGCGCGAAAACCUCUACACGAAGCUACCUGAAGUGCGCGCCCCACUGCUGCCCACGCGGGAUCCCACAUCGCCGUUGCCACCACCUCCACCCGUUCCGGCGGCUCUGGUUCCGGGCAUGGAGCGCGUGGUGGCCACCAGCAAUCAGACACAGCCAGUUCCACCUCCUGAGCAGCCCUCCAGUCCAGUGCCCCCCACGCCCUCUGUUCCUGCUCCCGCUCCCGCUCCGGCUGCCAUGUCCAACACCCUGACGCAGCACCUCCUCAACAUGCUCUCCGAUCCCAUCAGCACUUAUAGCGAGCAGAUCAGCGAGUCUGUAGAGCCAACCGCUGGCCAGGAGGACGCAGCGAGCGCCAAGGCAGCCUCAGAGGAGCCCCCGUCCAAUAGCGAUGCUGAUUUGAAUCUCUCGGACGACGAAUACCUGUCGCCACUGCUGCGCAAGGCCUGUGUGCUCACCGAGAAUGGAGUUCGAGUGGACGUCGUAGCGGCCACUGCACAGCGUGCAUCUGCCGAUCAAAUCCUUAAUUUGGAACACAUGCUGCAAUGCGAACGGUUGAUUCCCAGACCACAAACAUCACGCUCUAUGUCCGCUGGUGCGGCUGACAAAUCAAAGAGGUUGCCACGCAAGACCCUCCACUCCCAAUCCUCCAGCGCCGCUGCUGCGAACAGCGAGGAAUCUCAGGACAACAUAACAAUCAUCCAGGUGUCGAAUAUCAGCAUCAAUGGCCAGGAACAGCCGCCCGAACUGCCGCCCAAGAACACCAUCGCAGCCGAGGUGUUUCGCUUUCCAGAGGUAAAGGCAAAGUCCCAGGCGAAUGCCAAGCUGCAGCCAGCGCAGGCACAUCAGGAGUAUAAAAGCAACGUACAAAUCAUUCCGUCCAAUGCCAGUAGCAGUAGCAGUACCAGUACCAGUACCAUUCAAGUCCUGGGCAAACAGCCCAGCAGCAGUAAUCCAUACACUACGCCCGUUAAGAAGAGCUCUUCCAAUGGCCCCAGUCCGCAGGUUGCCGGCACCACCAAGGUUAAAGUGGUGGGCGAGGGCGAGGCCACCACCACGGUGGCUGUUUACGGCACCUGCUAUCCUGCGGCCGGUGGCAGCGCCACCGCCACCGCCUGCUCCUCCUCCACCACCACGUCUUCCUCUGUUAUUCCUGCCAAGCCGCAGACGCCGAGACUGAGCAAGAAGAUAAUACUCAGUGCCAACACUUCGGGCAUCACGAAUAUUAGCGUGAAUAGUGAGCAGGGCAACGACUCCAUCAUCAGUGGCAAUGUGCACUACGAGAAGGUCUUCCUCUCCUCCAGCAUUCCCAUCACCAGCAGAAGUAGUCCCACAAGAGCGGCCAGCACUCAUAACUGCGUCCAACCGGUGGCUAAUGGAAGUCCGGCUCUGCCUCGUCGACGCUUGGCUUCUCCGGCGGCAGCGCAGCCAGUCACACCCAAUGCAUCGGGAAGAGCGGCGCCACAGCUAACACGAGGACUUACCGAAUUAGUAAUUAGUUCGCGGCCCAGCAGAAGGGAUUUCCACUACCUGAAGCUGCUAAACACUCCGCUGAAGACCAAGACAUCCCACAAAACAUCCAGCGCCACGAACAACAACAUCGAGCAACACCCCCAGCAGUCCACGCCCACCAGCUCCACCACUAGUGCGCAAGUAACGCCAGCGCAAAUGAGCAGCGCUUCCAUUGCAACGGACGAUAGCCAGGAGCAGCGCCGGCGCAGCUCGUCCACCUCCGAUGCUCAGGCGCCUCUUCAGCGGGUCCCACAGCCGGCGACCCAGCGAAAUGCUAACAACAACGAGUUUACGCCAUCCCGAAACGGAGCCUUCCGCAUGCAGCCUCCGCCGCAGGGAGCGCCUCCGUCCAGCACCAAUCCCGUCCAUCAGUCGCCCAACAAGCGAUUGACCCUGCGCGAGCAGCAGGUGAUGCAGCUGCGGCGGGAGAUCAUGCAUCCUGGCGGAGUGCGCCUGAAUCUCAGGCGCAAGGACUGCGUCGGCUCCAUCGCCUGGGUGGAUGCCUUUGGUGGCGUUUGGAUUGCUGGCUGGAAGCAAAAGGAGCAUCCGGUGCUCUACAAUGCCCUGCACAUAGGGGAUCAACUGCUCUCCAUCGCAGGCGUGAACAUCAGCAGUGCUGCGGAGGCAAACAAGAUUAUCAGGAACACCAAUACGCUAUUUGUUGAGGUCUUACUGCGUCGCAUUCCGUUUGGCCGGGCAUAUGCCAUUCGACGUGACCGGGAGGGCCAGUGUCUGGGACUAAUUCGAGAUGGAAAUACGUCGACAAUCGUGGACGUUGUGCCAAAUAGCUUGGCCGCACGACACGGCCUUCCGCCCAAGACGCAAUCGUGCGAUGGCAGCUCGCUCACCUUCUGGAUGCUCACCGAGAUCAAUGGUCGUUCACUGAAUCUAUUCUUUAAGGAUCUGGAGAUAAGGGAUCGGUUGAACUCUGUGGGUCGGGAUAUUUCCAUACUGGUGCAGCCGUCGGAUUUGAUAACCAAGCUGAAGAAGCAGCUGAAGUCGCUGCGGGGGUACAAGGAUUACUUAGUGCAGUAGACCGAAGCAUUAACGAUCGAUUCCAUAUAACCACACAUAACUCGUAACUGUAAUAAGCUGUUAUACGCGAAUCUAUUUCGAAUCGCUCCGGGCCAGUAAUCAUUCCAUUUUUUGCGAAUACGUCAACGAACGACGCCACUAUAUAGUCAUCUAGAACUGGUAGAAUCAUUUCGCUAUAAUACGUACUACACACCACACUUACUAUGAUCGAAACUACAUAAAGGACUUAGGUGUAGGUGUAGUGUUGAGGAACAUAUACAAAAACAACCUAUAUAUUUUUGCAAAAUUUUAUAUAAACUCAUACAUAUAUACAACAAAUUGAUCAUAUAUAUAUAGAUAUAUAUACACCAUAUGUUUAGCUAAAACUUUGAGAGGUUACCAAAUUUACACCUUAAAUUUGUUUGGAUGCGGAAAAGCUAUAAGAAAUUUACAACAUGAAAUUCAAGUAUUUUAGGUUAACAUAUACACGCGUAUCACACACACACACCUGUGCAACUUAGUAUCCUUAUGCAAUAUUGGAGUGCCUCUGAUUUUGUUCAUUGAUGUUGUUUUCUUUCAUGUUUCCAUUUGUUUCGUGCGAAAAGACAAAAGCAUCUGUCGUAACUUUUAAGAUGUGAUAAAACUGAGUACUCAAAUUUAGGCAAUUUUUAACGGUACAUUUGUAAAUGCUUUUUGAUUUAUUUUAUAUAUAAGUUUCAGUGGGUAAUUUC